AUGCUGGUGCUCGCAUCAGGAUUUGCAAAUUUUGAUCGCAGCUCCGGCCCGAGCGGCGAAAACUCCCUUGCCGUGGAGGUGGCCAGAGUGGGCAGGUCACCGGCGCAAGCGGCGCAAGCGGCGCAAGCGGCGCAAGGGGCUCCCUGGUACCCCAGCCGUGCUGUGGACCACAACCGCUCGGGGCUGUCGCUGGCGCUGGGGCCGUGGCCUUUGAAGGACCCGGCCUGGCUGUACGAGGUUCCGGGACUGAACUUCCAUCAGACCCCCUGCAUUGACCAUCAGGAGAACGUCUACACUGGCAGUGACAACGGUAAGAUCCUUUCCUUCGACCGGCAAGGCAACAAGCGGUGGGAGUACGAUGGCCCUGCUAGGAGCUGCCAGAACCCCUUCCUCUUUGAAGGGGUGCUGUACACCGCCUGCAGCGACGGCUCCGUGUUGGCAUUGACCAUGGAGAAGGGUCAGUUGCUGUGGUCCCGCAAGGUGGCCGACGCCGAAGGCGGCGAUACCUACUCUAUCACCGCCACCCGCGACCACCUCUUCAUGCCUGCAGGCAUUGCUCCGAAAUUUGGAAUGGGUGCGCCCAAAGUGGUCCUUCUUCGGCGGGCGGAUGGCGAGAUGCUUUGGGAAUACGAGCUGCCAAACAGCUCUGCAACCAUCAACAUCGCCCCCUGCCUCCUGGAGAGCUCCGUGGUCUUCGCGGACGUGAGCGGCGCCAUGUACCGGCUCAGGCUGGAGGAUGGCUCGGUGAUGUGGCAGACCCCGCCGCCGGUGGGAGGCACCUUUACCCUCGGAGGGGUGGCCUGCGAUGCGGAGGGCCACGCCUUCAGCGGCGUGUCCUUGCAUGACCACGGCCCGGGCGCGCUGCAGUCCAUUGACCUGGAAACUGGGACGAGGCUCUGGCUGAAGACUUUUGUGGCGGCAGUGCACAAUGCGCCGGCCAUUGGGCCAGUCUUCAACCAUGACAAGGUUGCAGUGGUCUUUGGCGCGGGCGAGCCUCUAGGCGCGCCCGUUGGGCCAGCGGCGACGGUGAAUGGCACGGUGAUCGCCGCCGACGCCAAAACGGGCGAGGUGAUUUGGACCUUCGAGCCGCCCCCCUACACGGGCUACGUCGCCGGGUCCACCAUUACCCAAGUUUGCUUGCCGGACCUGUUCUCGGGCGCUACGAUCUCUGCGGACGGCACCGUGUACAUCAACUGGUCGGCCGGGGGCGUGACCUAUGCCCUGAGAGAUGCGAACAAGGACGGCCGCGUCGACCUGCACGACCCAAAGGAGGUUUCAUCGGUGGACCUGGGGUCUGGGGCCACCGGCCCACCGGCGCUGGCGCCGGGGAUGCUCUUUGUGAACAGCUGCCGCCGGCUCGCUGCCAUUCUCUGA